AUGUACUCCGCUUCAGUCACUGCUCCCGUCAACAUCGCCACCCUCAAGUAUUGGGGAAAACGCGACAAGUCGUUAAACUUACCCACCAACUCGUCAAUCUCCGUCACCUUAUCCCAAGACGAUUUACGUACAUUGACAACCGCUUCAGCCUCCCCAUCAUUCGAAAAAGACCAAUUGUGGCUCAAUGGAAAGUUGGAAUCACUUGACACUCCACGUACCCAAGCGUGUUUGGCCGAUUUGAGAAACUUGCGUGCGUCAAUUGAAACACCAGACUCCCCAAAAUUAUCGCAAAUGAAGUUACACAUCGUUUCGGAAAAUAAUUUCCCAACUGCUGCUGGCUUAGCCUCUUCUGCUGCUGGGUUUGCUGCGUUGGUGACAGCCAUAGCCAAGCUUUAUCAAUUGCCCCAGGACAUGUCGGAAUUGUCGAAGAUCGCCCGUAAAGGUUCGGGGUCGGCAUGCCGAUCCUUAUUUGGCGGGUUCGUCGCCUGGGAAAUGGGAACCUCCAACGAUGGUGAGGACUCAAAGGCAGUGGAAAUCGCUCCAUUAGACCACUGGCCCACCCUCAAAGCAGUCAUCUUAGUUGUCAGCGACGAUAAAAAGGAUACACCAAGUACUACAGGAAUGCAGGCCACCGUCGAAUCCUCAGACUUGUUUGCCCACCGUAUUUCUCAAGUUGUCCCCCGCCGCUUUGACCAAAUGAAAAGUGCUAUCCUUGCCAAGGACUUUCCCAAAUUCGCUGAACUCACUAUGAAAGAUUCCAAUUCGUUCCACGCAGUAUGCUUAGACUCCUACCCCCCAAUCUUCUACCUCAACGAUACAUCAAAGCAAAUUAUCAAGUUGGCGGAAGAGAUUAAUCGUGAUGGAGUUAUCUGUGCUUACACAUUCGAUGCUGGUCCAAAUGCAGUCAUCUACUACGACGAAUCCAACCAAGACAAAGUCUUGGCCCAUCUCUACAAACAUUUUGGUCACGUUCCAGGUUGGAAAACCCACUACAAGGCCGAAACACAAACCACCGGCGUUUCACGUAUCAUCCAAACAUCUAUUGGCUACGGUCCACAACAAACAAACAUUUCAUUAAUCAACGAUAAAGGGUUGCCUAAAUAA